UGAGACUCGACGUUAGUGGAUGUUAAGUGUUUUAAACUAAUCUUGGAGAUUUCGCAGUGGAGAACUGAAGAUGAGAAACGUUUUCUUCUUCGUCUUGGUCUUCUCAGUUGUCUUUUGUAAUGCUGAACUGAAGUUGGAGGCAACUGAUGGAGAAAAUGUCACUAUACCCUUCAAAACUGCUGAACUGGAAGGAGCCGAUCAAGUGAGGAUAACUUUUACAAGAGACGAUGAGAAAAUGUUGAUUGCACGGUACGUCUGUGACCAUCACAGAGACUGUCGUGUCGUAGAAAGAGCAGGAGUCUCACUGAGAAUUGAAGAAGGAACCGUGUCCUUGAUUCUUCUGGACGUCAGCUCCAGUAACUCAGGUCUCUAUGAAGCACAAGUCCUUAACGGAAAGUAUGUGUCUGAGAUACAAGCUACACUUGUUGUCAAAGAACCAGUAUUGUCCUCCACCAAAGAGACACCACAGACCUCCUCCCCAAAACCUCCUGACUCCUCUGGACACCUGUGGCUGUGGCUGUGUGCUUUACUGAUUCUUCCAGUGUUGACUGUGAUCGGUUUCUGCUGGAGGAAGAAAUGCGGGAGGGAUCAUGUGGCAUUACCUUAUACUGGAGAAGCCAGAGAAACCUCUGAUGUCUCCAGCGCAGCAUCUUCAAAAAAAUACAUGGAAAAAAAUUGCACUGGUUGUGUAGCGGUCUCCUUCAAGACUUGUAGAGAAACCACUGACGAUCAGCUCCUGACUUGAUUCUGAGUGUCUCGAACACAAGCGAUGUCUCACACUUCCUCCUGAACUUAACCUAAAAACCACAUUAAGUUUCUUUUAAACCAAAUUUUAAAAUGUAACACUUUGUUUCGUAUAACAAAUAAGAAAGCAGUUUGUGAUUAUUGAAUGGGAGGCGUGUUACAAAUAAUGUUAGGUGAAGGGAAAAUCAUGGACCUGGCAACCCUUGCUUAAACUUUAUAAAUAUUGCAAUAAUUUCUACACGACAGACUGUAGCUUUAGAUUCACAAGUGCUUUCCAGUUUUGUGUGCAAUAUAAAUCAGAUGGCAUAUAAAAAUUAUAAAUUGUUUUCAGUUAAAAGCCCAUGCUACGUGUACUGUGUUAAGCUACAGAGACUUAUAGCACUAAUAUAUAUCAUUGAUCUUUUUUGUUUUUGAUUGCUUCUAUUGUUCUCAUUUGUAAUUCCCUUUGGGAUAAAAGCAUCUGCUAAAUGAAUAAAUAUAAAAGUGAAAAGUAA